AUGCGCCACCGAGGAGAAUGUAAUGGCCGGCAGUCAAAAACAAUAUCAGAAGUUCAAAAUGUCGUAGCUGGAUCGAGCAAGCCGGCGCUCAUCUCGGUUGAUUUUUUCAGGCGCGGUUUUUUGGUCUCUUCCGAGGAUUGUCAACGUGAAGCUGCUGAUGCUCUUCCGAACAGUCUUUAUCAGGCUCUCCCUGGUAAAUAUUUGGAAGAUUUACGGUUUUUUUAUUUUUUCCAGCUGGAGCAAGCAGACAGGGACUUCUUCCACCCGGAAUCCCUCUGGGAGGCCACUCAAGAAUCGGGCAGCCUGCUUUCGGACUGCUUCAUCGGCUAUGACACCAAUUCCGUAUUGGACGCCCACUCCAGGCGACCAAGCUUCGAUUUUGAGUGGUCACCUGAGCAAGUGCUCCAUGUCGAUGACGAUGAAAAAGAUUCCAGUAGCGAUAUAUCAAAAUGGUCAUUUUCUUACGACACAAUGCCAAAUGAUGAUGCGAGAGUUUCAAACAAAUUGGAUGGCGAAAGCGAAGCCACUGAGCCAUCGUGGCUGGAGCAGUUUAUGCACGUGUACGGCGUCAGUGAUUUUAUCAAAAAUGAUGACUUCUCGAUGGAAAGUUGUACAGAUGCUUUGGUGAUUGCACCAAGACAGGAUGUGGGAAUGGUACCAAUGCAUUCGGAGGAGGAGGUGGAAAGCAGUGAAAUUUUUAAUGAGAAAGAGGAUUUACUGCAGCCGCCAGUUUGCAACAGCUCUUCAUUUGAAAGCGAGGAUGGUCGCAUUGGUGCCAAGAAUAUAGGGAACGAUAAGGGAAGGAAGAAAAAACGCAAGAGUGAAAGCAAACCGUUUAGCGGAGACACUGCUGCAUGCAAAACUAUGAGAUUGGCAGAAUUAGACUCAGGAAGAGUUUAUGAUACUGCCGGUAGCAGCAGUGGAAAUUUGCGAAAAUUUUGGAGUAUGGCACUGCCAGCUUGUUCAGAUCGCAGAAAGGAACGAGUAAGAGAACAGAAUCGUAAUGCAGCGAUUCGAUAUCGAGAUAAGCGCCGUCAGAAAGCAAAGCAGAAAAAGGAAGAAUUGCAUGAGCUCGAAUUACGCAAUGUGCAGCUGAAAACGGAACAGAUUUGGCUCGAAAAAGAAGUCACUUAUUUGAAGAAUUUAAUGGCACUCUUAAAGAAUGCAUGA